CGAAGAAGGAGGACUGGAAGGCGUAGCGACUUUUUUUAUCGACUGCAUCGCCCUCUUUUUUCCUUAAAAUGAUUAAUUUAGAGGCUUAGACGGCACACACUAUUUAGCUGAGUUGUUGGCGAAUAUCUUAAUGCACUGGCGCUGAUUUAUGUCGAGGGACGGUUUACCUCAUCCUUCCGCCCUCAUUCAGGACAACGCACCGACAUCUGGAUAAACACAGUGAAAUUGUGUUGUUGUUGUUUUUUUUUUUAAUAAUAUGUGAUUUCAGUAGGUGAAUGAAACUGUCGUAAACCCGCCACUAACAACAAGCCUCGCUGACUGCACCAUGGUUAACCUCUGCUGCCUCUGCUGCGGUGAAAUCCCUCAACCCCGCCCCCCUCCGUCCGGGCAGUCGGGACCACCGCGGGAUCCCCGCACCGUGCAGCAGCAGCAGCCUGCUGGCUCCGGCCCAGACCCUGUGGGGCUGAAGGGGGAACAAAAAGGGGGAGCAAACGGAGGUAGGAGAGGCAGUCAAUAAAAAAAAAAAAGGAAAUUGAGCUUAUAAUCUCUGUCUGACAUGCGAAAAGUGCAGCAUGCUCUCCUCCGAUCUGGACUCUGCGGAGGACGCCGCGGCCAGCGCUCCCAAUGAUGCUGAGGGAGUGGAGGAGGAGGAGGAGGACUCACCGGCUGAAAGUGAUGCCCUGGAAGAGGAGCAGCGUCCAGUGAAGCAGUCUCUGGGUGCUUGUGUCUGCCGGGAGUCCCACUGGCGCUGCCUGCUGCUCUCUCUGCUCAUGUACAGCUGCCUGGGUGUGGUGGCCUGGUGCCAGCUGACCCGGGUCACCAAGAUCAGCUUCAAGACAUCUCUCACCUCCUCCUUCUCUGCCUCCUUCACCUCCUCCCUGCGGGGAGCCUCUGGGAUGGGUGCUGGAGGACACUCAAUGAUCUACCACGACAGCCCCUGCUCCGACGGCUACAUCUACAUCCCUCUGGCCUUCCUGCUCAUGCUCUACAUCCUGUACAUGGUGGAGUGCUGGCACUGCAGAGCCAGGAGUGAGCUCCAGUGCAAAGCAGACGUGGACAGUGUGUACGAGCGCGUGCUGCGGAUGCGACAGGCCCAACCCUGCAUAUGGUGGAAGGCCAUCAGCUACCAUUUUGUCCGACGGACUCGGCAAGUCACUCGAUAUCGCAACGGGGAUGCCUACACCACAACACAGGUGUACCAUGAGAGGGUGAACACACAUGUGGCUGAGGGGGAGUUUGACUAUAGCCACUGCGGGAUGAAAGACGUAUCACGCGACCUCAGAGGCUUGGAGGGACAUCCAGCAACUCGGCUACGCUUCACCAAAUGUUUUAGCUUCACCGAGGCUGGCCCGGAAAACGAAUACCUCAACCAGAGAGCCAGGUUCUUCUCUGAAAUUGAGGGUUUGGACGAUUACAUGGAGGCCAGGGAGGGGAUGCAGCUGAAGAACGUGGACUUCAGAGAAAACCUGAUAGCCUAUGUAGACCCAGAUAGGAUGCCCUGGUACAAUUCCCAGGUUGCCUUCUGGCUGGCAGCUCUGCUGAUGUUGUCCUGGCCUCUGAGAGUGCUGAUAGAGUACCGCACUGCUUAUGUGCACUACCGCGUAGAGAAACUGUUUGGGCUGGAGUACAGCCCCUCUCCUCAAGAUGAAGACAGGCCUUUGGGGAGUAACACCGGUUGUGUUAUUCCAAGAGUAGACACACUGGACAGCACCGAAAUGGAGUGGCACAUACGCUGUAACCGCCAGGUGAUUCCCAGCUAUUCCGAGGCCAUGCUGAUCAACAUGAGCACAGCAGACUCUAACUCACUACAAGACACUGAAUACACCUCGUCCUCAAACUGCUUCCUCCUGGACAGCAGCCAGACCGCUCAGAGCUACGGCGCUCUCCAGAGCCAGGAGGGCAGCGAGCAAUGCAGCGAGCCCAACGGACAAGGUGAUGGAGAAGGUAGGAGGAGGACCAUCACCAGCUCCAGCUGCUCCUCCAUCUUCUCCUGCCACGGGGCGCUGUUCCACUCCCACCCCUCUUCGGACACGUCCCGCUUCUCUCUCUGCCGCAUGUACGGCUCCCACCGCACCGUGGCCCUGUGGAGGAGCCGCAGCAGCAACCUGACGGACCCCUGCUGUGUGGACGAUCAGUGCUGCCGCUCCGACUCCAGCCAGCUAGCCCUCAGUGACAGUCCACCAACCUAUAGAGACGCCCGGUUCUUCCCAGUCCUCAUUGUGCACCGGUCUGAGGGCUGUGGCAGCGAGGACGGGAGGGAAGUGAGGCGUUAUUAUAUACGGAGAGGGUCGUCCUGUGUGGAGACUGCUCUGUGAAGGACAUAGACACCUUUCAUUAAGUCAAGAUGGAUUAAAAUCAGUAAAAAAAGAGGUGUUGUUGUAGGGUUGGUCACUAUAACAUUAAUGUGCUCUUUCAGGAAAUUCCAGUGUACAUAUAAAGAAACUUAAAUACUGACUUUCUAUUUUUUAACACAGUCACCAAACAGUCAAAGAGUCUUCAUAUUUAGUUACACAUUACACGUCCAUAUUAUCACAGUUAACGGUCCAGUGUGUAGGAUUUAGUGGCAUCUAGCGGUGAAGUUACAGAUUGCACCACCAUCGCUUCACCCUCUGCUUCCAAGCAUGAAGGAGGAACUACGAAACACAAACAGCCCUAUCUAGAGCCAGUGUAGAAACAUGGCGGUUUAACAUGGCAGACUCCAUGGAAGGCGUCCCGCUGUGUCUGUAGAUAAAAACGGCUCCUUUAAAGGUAACCAAAAACAUUAUUCUUAUUUUCAGGUUAUUAUACCACUAAUAAAAACAUACCUAAUGAAUAUAUAUUCCAUUUCUGCCUGUAGACCCUCCUAAAUGUUACACACUGGACCUUUAAAUUGUCUGUAUGAAAACAGCUACAGGUGUGAGACAAACAGUAAUGUAUCUAAAUGUAUUGGGAUAUUGUGUGUACAAUGACAAUAAUAACUGUCAGAUUAAAUUAUGGUGCAUACUGAUACAUGAAAACUGCACAACCUCAGCAUCCUAUUGUUUUCAUCAAAAGUUGUUGUUUUUUUUAAUCACAGGAAACAAACCACUAAUUCCUACGUUGACCUUGUAUCUGUUGUUACGUGUGUUGGGAGAAUUACUGAAAUCGUGCUAUUCUUACAUUCGCCUCUAUAUGUGAGAAUGAUACAAGAAAAAAAGAAAAGCUGCAUGUUAUUACCAAAGGUAUUGUCUUUUAGUUGAUUCAUAGACAGCAAGUUAAAACCAAAGACAUUGAGAGUAUUUUGUUUUGUUUUCUUUCCAGAGAUAUGUGUGAUGAGUGGAGAACAUGAGUUGAAUG